GGAAGAUCCUCAUCUUCCGAAGCCUCCUCAAUGAGUGCCAAGCUCUCCAAGGAGUUGAGGCUGUCCCUGCCACCUUGUCUCCUGAACAGGACAUCUGCCACCUUAAACACCAGCAGCACCUGCAUCACGCAAGUGGGUCAACUCUUCCAGUCCUUCUCAUCCACCCUGGUUUUAAUUGUCCUGGUUACCCUCAUCUUCUGCCUGAUCCUCCUCUCCCUCACAACCUUCCACAUCCACAAGAGGAAGAUGAAGAAGCGGAAAAUGCAAAAGGCUCAGGAGGAGUAUGAACGGGACCACUGCACCCGCAGCAGCAAUAGCAGCAGCCAGCACCCUGGGACAGGGGUGCAGGGAGAGGCACCCCAAGGAAGAGACAGCCAGCUGGGAAGACCCCCCAAGGACUCGGAGAUCCAGCGCCCCUCUCCCUCGGCAGCCCCGAGCUCUCAGCAAGCACGGGCUUGUUUGGACACAGCUGGUGUGGGGCUCCUGCAGACGGUGAUUUUGUCAUGAUGGUUUGGGGGAGACCUCGCGAAGGCGCUGGUUGAUGUUUGUAAAUACCUGAGUGAUUAUUCUAGUCCCCGAAGAAGAAAACAUUACUAAUUCAAAUGAACGAACAAGCCCAUGAUCCAAGCGCAUGACAGAUUACAUUGCGUUUCUCAUUGACUGUGCGAGGAAAGGAUGCAUCUUUUUACUGGAGAAGGAGCUGCACACAGCUACCAAAUAUCAAGUCGUCCACCUGGA